UCCUCCUCCUCCUCCUCACCGCCGCCGCCGCCGCUCAGUGACGGGGACCCGGAGCUGCUGAUAGCGAGGGCCCGGCGAUCCCCUCCCCCUCCCCCACUCCCUCCCAGACCCCACAGCCACACACACUCGGCGGAAAUGCAGUAAAAUGUCCCGGAUAUCAAGUGAUUAUGGCAUCUAGACAUCAAAAUGUCAGCCAGAGUGUAUGUUGUGCUGUGGAGGAUGAGCUUGUCAAUAGAAAUCAAAGUGGAAAAAGGAUGCAUUCUGAUGACAAUGAGACUAUGAAACAGGUUAGAACAUUGGAAUGUAAAAAGGUGACUUCUAAAAUUAAAAGAUUGUCAACUGGACAAAAAAAGAAACAAUUGCCCAAAACUCAGAAGGUGAGGUAUUCAGUAAAGAAGACGAGAAAUUCUAUUCAAAGCAAUUUGGGCAACACCGAGCAGCACCCAAAGUUCUGGGGCUGUGACAUGGCCAAUAAAGAAAAUGAAGUGGUUUCUUCAGGGACUCUGCCUAACUUAUUUAAUGACAACCACAGCAACCAGCUGAGCUCUGUUGAUUCUCCUACUUCACAGACCGAUGGUGCUUCCACAACAUGCAGGGACUAUUUUCCACAGAUCUCCAAGGAUCAUGCUGCAAUGAUGCGAGUGCUGUUUGGCAGGAACCUGAGACUAAAUGUGGCUCUGACAUUUUGGCAAAAAAGUGCAAGUGAAUUGGUAGCUUACCUGGUCAGGAUCCAGGAUGUUGCUGUCAUUGCAGAUUGUCUACCAGUGAUUACAAAGAGUCUGGAGGAAGAAAAGCAAAGUAUCUCAAUAGGUUGUUGUGUUGACCUGUUACCAUUAGCCCAAGAGUUAUUAAGAAGCCGAUUUGAGGAAUAUUUGAUUGUUGGUUUAAACUGGCUCCUAGCUGUCAUUAAGCGAUGGUGGCCAGAGCUUUCUGCCAAUACAAAAAAUAGUAAUGAAGCUCAUGAAAAAGACCAGAAUAUUCAGAUCAUGAAAGACUGGUUACAGCAAUUAAGAGAACAACGCUAUCAUUUAUCUUCUGUUCCAGGAUAUACUGGUAAAGUAGCUAAGAGUGUUGGAACGUAUCUGGAGCAGUUGCACUAACGGCCUGUAGCAUCCAGUAGACUUCUUGUUCGUGGACUCUCAGCAGUUAAAUGCUGCUUUAGGACGGCACCGUACAAUCCUAAUUACUGAAAUGUUUAGGAGAUCAACACUGCAAAGUGUUGUCAGCAGUGAAUUCAGCAACGCAUUGCUCUGCGGAGAACCUCCUAAAACCACUACUGAAACCUAACAAGCUGCUUCACAUUGAAGUGGUGGAUUUUGCCAAGAGGCAUACUCGACUCCGUGAGCUGAUGAUGUGAAGCUUUCCGAUUCCAGAUUUAUUAGUCUAACUAGUACAGGACUAGAUCUGUAUCAUUCAAUGAAGCCGCAUUAGUGCCAAUCAGCUGCCACUGAAAUGUUGUUACUUCAGGGCUUUUAGACACUGAAUGUAACUUGUGUAUAUUUUGUUUCGACUUAAAAAUAAGUUAUGAUUUCAAUAAAGGAGACUCAGUGGAGCAUGCAGCUGUUUACUAAUCAAGUCAACAAAAGUGACCAUAAAAUGUGCAUAGCACUGUAUUCUUUUAUUGCCUCGUUAAAAUAGACAUUUCAUGUGAGUUUGCACCUAAAUAAUAUGGUUGGUCUUUACAUAUGACCUAUUAUACUACUUGUGCAUAUUUUUAAAAGAAAUCUUUUGAAAGGUCAUUGAACCACUAAUUGUCAAUUGGGUUAAAUAUAUUCUGUGAUUUUCAUUUUUUCCAUCCUUCUCCCUCUUAAAGUACUUAAAAUCUCCAGUGGAUAAGUGGCACAUGCUAGUAUCACUAUUGUCUAAUAGAAAACUAUGAAUAUUUUACAUUGUAAAUUAUUCGCACUGUUUAGACGAAUGAGAAGGUAUGUAUUUAUUGCAGUUAAACACAUUGCAAAUCAUUUUUUUAAAAAUCUGACUUUUGUUUUGCUAUUUUCAUCCCUUGGAUUUCCUUUCAGCUCUAAUGCAGAAUACUGAGAGGUUUAGAAACUACUGGGUAUGUGUGUAUUUGGAGGUUUUCAGUGGUUGUUAAUCUGAUCCAAACUUUAUAUGUAAAGCAAUUUACUGAAGAAAUGUUUUGCACACUAAUUGUAAUUGCUGUAUAGCUUCAAAUAAUAAGAUAUGUAAUUGCACAACAGAUAAAUUGGCAUCUGUAAGAGAAAGCUAAAUUAAUGUUUCCAUUGUGACCCUUCAGCAGACUAAAAUAUUUGAGCUUCACGAACCACUAAGAAAAGCAAUAUUAGGUAUAGGUCAAACAUUUAAAAUACUAAUUGUAUUCACAAAGAAUGCAGCUCAUGAUGCAAUGCUAACAAAAUUGUGUCAAGUUAUGCAGCUAUUAGAAAGUCCAAGUCACAGAAAGGUGGGGUGAAUGCCUCCUUUAAUUUUCUCACCGUUAAUGCAGCUGGCAAGGGAAACACUUGUAGAAUAAACAAGGCAUCACAUCUACUGUCAAGAGUAUUUUAUCAUUGCAGUUCAUCUUUUGCCUCUAGCACCUCUGCCUGUCUGGUAAAAUGUGCGCUGCUUAAGUAUACUCUUGAAUACGGUAAUGUAAUCAAGCACAUAUCUCCCAUCAUUCAUGCUGCUGAUUGUCAUAAUUGAUGCAUUUUGUGUUGGUGAUGCUGUAGGUAAAGGCAUUGCUACACUGCUAUUGUUUCCUUAUGGUGUUGGAGCUACCCAAAUAGAAAACAAUAGCAGAAUGGAGAACCGUUCCAAUUGUUAAGCAGCUUCCCUUUUGUGCCACUGUGUGACACACACUAAACAUAGCCUAACAAUCGUUCUUAAAGUUUACCCAAAGGAGUCAUUUAAAGUUUGAAGUUAAUGAAAUAAAUGUUCAGAGCACCAAACUUUAAAGUGUUCAUGAAUUACUGCAUUUGGAUAAGGCUUGGAUUGAGCUGUGCAGGAGGCCAAAAAUAGAAAGGGAAGAGUGUAAUAACAGCUUUUGAAAAUGGGUUAAAGUAUUUGAUAUCUAACAACUAAUGAUAUUUUCAUUUGAUAUGCACAGGAAUGCCAAUUGUAUUGGAGUAUAUAUGAAUGCUUUAUGUGACCUAUAUUGGUAGCUUUGACCUAAAAGUCAGAGCUUUUAAUUUCGCAGAUAAUUUAUUAAAAGAUAUUGCGACAAA